AUGCAAUUCUCCGUCAUCCUCGUCACCCUCUUCGCCCUCGCCGUUUCCGCCGCCCCCGUGGAGAUCCAGAAGCGCUCCACCACCUGCGGCCACAACAUCUACACCACCGCCCAGGUCGACGCCGCCUCCAAAGCCGCCUGCGCGCACAUCCGUGCCGGCACCGUCGUCGGCAUCGCCAGAUACCCCCACCAAUACAAAAACUACGAGCGCUUCAUCAUGAGCUUCAAGGGGCCGUACUACGAGUUCCCCAUCAAGGCCCGCGGCGUCUACACAGGAGGCCCUCCCGGUGCCGACCGUGUCCUCAUCAACGCUCGUUGUAAUCAGGUUGGCCAGAUCACCCACACUGGCGCUUUAAACAACGGCUUCGCUGGCUGCUCCGGUACCUCUUAG